AUGGUUCUGCAGAAAUGGAUGGCUCGACGUGCCUUCGCCCAAUCCCCCCUUGCAGCUGCCCCGGCCUCCCUAGACAAUGAUAUGACCCAGAACAUCGCCCGCGAUGUCUACAACGCUUCCGUCGUUCCAACAGCCGACGCCAAAGGGGCGCCCCCAGCCGCGUUCACGCACAGCCCCAGCGGGCUGCGCCCAGCAUACUCGACACCGAAGCCCCUCUUCGCCGAGUCGACCGGCAACGGAGAGCUCGCAAAUCUCCUGAACGCCAUCGCCGCGCUCUGUGUGUGCGAACCGCAGCAUCAGCGUGUGGCCGUCUCUCUUGUACACUUGAAGGACCGCAUCGUAUUGCAUAUCGCACAAAACGCUAGCAGGGAAUGGGAGCAAAGCAUACCAAAGAUGGUGCACGACGUGUGGCGGCUCCUCGCCGACUUUGCGCGCGUCAUCGGCGACCCACAAACACGGAGUUUGAAGGCGAAAGCGCGGGGACACGAAGCACAACGACGCAUCCUUGAACGGCUCGUUCGCCACGGCGUUGAGCAACUACGGCACCGGGUCUGCAAGCACUGGGAACUCCUGCAACACACCUGCCUCCGUCUGCAGGCCGAGAAAGUCAAACGAGGGCGCAUGUACAAAGAUUUCUGCGCUGUGGCACUACGCAUAGCGGAGUUGAGGGAGGCGUUGUUGGUGCCGGUCCCGCCGCGUGACUGGGGUACGCAUGUUGCGCCACUCCUGGGACGUUUCUAUCUCGCUGAGCAGAAGUCGUCUGUGCGCGGGGUCGACAAUAUGCGGCUCUUUCUGGACCAGCUCAAUAUGAGUACAGACGAAAGUUACGCACUCGCAACUCGCUUGAGCAAGUACAUCUCGAAGUGCGCUGCCCUUAUCGAGAACACAAACAUGAUCAUGCGACUUGCUAGCUUUCGAACGCAUUCACCGAUAUUCGGGACUCCGCAUUUCGAAGUCAUUACCAUCCCUUGCCGGUCCGAGCGACACUCGCGGGCGGGCUCGCUAUCGUUUUGGAAGAGCCUAUCGCGAAGGGAGAAGCGGGAUGAUGGGGUGAUGAUGUCGUACUUCCUCCAUGCCGAGUGUGCACUGCUGGAAUACCACCAUAAUACGCUUCGCCCUCGUAGCGGUCAUGUGACGGCUCCGGACGUGCCUUCACAUGUUGUAGGCACCUCAAAAACACCAUGCCACGCAUGUCGAAUCUUGUUCUCAACAUAUCAUACCACCUAUUCGGAGGAAUUGCAGAAGAAACACUGCCCCCUGCACCUGCAUCUCUCACCGGUGCAAGGAGACGGUUCAUCGACGAAGGUUGAUUCAUGGCUUCCGCCUCGCCUCGAAGGUUUAGGAUCCGAUGUCGAGUCCAGAUUUGCUAGCCAUCUUCUCGAGGAAUACCGUCAGUAUAGGAUGUGGACUCGGAAGGAUAUAGCAGCUGCUGUUACAUGA